AUGGAUCGAUAUGAAAGCAAGACGCGCAAUGAUUCAGCUUCAAGCAAUUUCAGCAAUAAAUUAGCAUUUCAUAACAAGUAAGCUGAUUAAAAUAGUAUAUAAAUUCUAGACUGACAAUUAAAUUAUCUUUUUGAAAUAUGUAUAGUGAUAAAUAGGUAGGCCGAAAUUUAGCAAAGCACUGAAAUUUUCUUGACGAUGAAGUAAAAUUUUUUGUUUAAUAAUUGCUCUACUAUAGAACUACAGAAAUAUCACAUUAGAAAUCCACCAUAAUGGUAAUCAAAUUUAAAGGGAUUAACAAAUAAUAUAAAUAAUUCAAAUUUAUAUGUUAUUCAAAUAAUUGUUAAUAGGGUACAAAUAAACUAUGAUUUAACAAAAUAAUUAUUUCUAAAUCAACGGUAUUACAAUAACUAUACAUGUUGUUUUUGUAAAUAGCUCAAGUCUGUAAAUGAUCUAUAACUGCAGUCAAUUAUGAUAGUUCUAACGGCAUAUUAAUUUAUAUGAGCAAUUAAAUAAACCCCAGUAUUUAUAAAGUAAUAUUAUUAAUUAAAUAGAUAAAGGAAACUAACCAACAAGACAAAAUUUAACACAUGACCUUGUAUCAAUAUUCUUAUACAUAUAGACUUGGAUAAAAAAUAAUUCUAAAGACAAAUGUUUGGAUAUUUUUUUGAAAUUUUGUAGUCAAUACAUUAUUCUCAUAAAAGCCCAAAAUAAACUGUAAAAAACGUAUUCUAAUAGAUUUAUUUGUUUGUUUUAAACUUUAGAUGUAAAAAAGGAGCAGUGGAACGAGUUGAAAACGAUGGGCGAAAUGAAAGAGCUUUAAGUAAUUUCAAAAAUUAUUUAGCAGUUUACUCCGAGUAAGUUGGUUGAAAUAGUUAAUAUACCAGACUAACUUGUAAAUUGCUUAUUUGAAAGACGUUUACAUGUAAAUAAGUAGUCCCAAAUUAGGAAAGCAUUGACAGUUUGUUGACCAAGAAUGAAAAUGUUAUAUUAUAAAAUUGUGAGAAUAAUAUAAUAAUUAAAAUUAAAAUAACAUAGGUUUACAAAUUUCACUACUAAUAUAUAUAUAUAAUUCUAUAAACAGAUAUUGUGUAAAUAGCUAAAAAUUUACUACAAACUCAUUUCGGAAUCAACAGUGUUAAACUUACCAUAAAUGUUCUAUUUCAAUGUAAACAAAAGUCAUUAAAUGAUCUUUAAUUGUGGUGUGUUGUUAUGACCUAUUACGUUUAGUCAUUUAAAUACAGAGUUUCCAAAAACCAAUUGGAAACGUUGAAGAAUUUUAAGGUUCAGUUAAACUAGGAAGCUAGUUAAUGCAACAAAACUCUUCACAUGAUAAUGUAUAAACAUUCCCAUACUGUUAGAUAAGGGUCUACAUAUUUCUUAAGACUAAAGUUUUGCAGAUAUAUAUUAUUAAUUAAUCCAAUAGCAUAUAUGUUUUUUCAAAAGGUGCUGAAUUUGAAUUAUGCAAUUGACGAUCUAAAAAUGUUAUUACUUUGUUUGUUAUUUUAGAUGUGAUGAAGAGACAGAGGAAAUUGAUAACAAAACGCGUAUGACUCAAUGUUCAUCUGAAAAUGCUAAAAAAAAUGAAGAAACGUUUAAAACAGCGUAAGUUUUUUGCAAUUGUAAAAUAUAUACUUGGAUAAAAAAAAAGUCUAUAAACUAAAGUUUUGACAUUUUUUUGAAAUGUUUUAAUAAAUACAUUAUUCUCAUAAAGGCCCAAUAAAAACUGUAUAAAACGUAUAGAAUUAUUGGUGUGUGUUUAACUUUAGAUUUCAUGAACGGGGAAUGGAUAAUUUUUUAAUCUGUAUACAGAUAAAUAUUUAGGCUGAAAUUUAGCGAAUUAUUGACAGUUUCUUGACCAUAAGUGAAAAUACUCGUUAAUUAUCGCUCUGUCAACUAUUGAUAAUGUAUCACAUUAAAAAUAUGUUAAAAUUUUAUUCAUAUUUAUUGAGUUUAUUAAAAUACUUAUUGAAAACAAAGUGACAUAAAUUUUAAAAUUUUACAAUUAUUAUUAUUAUCAUUCUGUAUAUAGAUGCUGUAUAUGUAGCAGAAUAGUUCCCACAAACUCAUUUCAGAUUCAGAACAUUUAACCUUAAUUUACAUGUUCAAAUCCUUUGUACACAAAAGUUCUUAAAAUUUCAUUAAUUUCGGUCGUUUAUGUAAUAUAUUACAUUAAUAUAAUUUAUNUAGCAGAAUAGUUCCCACAAACUCAUUUUAGAUUUAAAAGAUUUAACUUUAAUUUAAAUGUUCAAAUUCUUUGUAAGCAAAAUUUCUUAAAAUUUCAUUAAUUGCGAUGGUUUUGGUAAUAUAUUACAUUAAAAUAAUUUACUAUGGACAUGAUCAAAAACGGUUUUAUAAAUUUACAAACAAUAAAGUUCAGUAAUUCUAGGAGAUAAGUUCACGCAACGAAACUCUUUACAUGAUAAUAUAUAAAUAUUCCCAUACAGUACGAUAAGAGUCUAUAACGUUCUUAAGAACCAAUUAUUGCAAUUAAANUAAUAUAUUACAUUAAUAUAAUUUAUUAUGGACAUGAUCAAAAACGGUUUUAUAAAUUUACAAACAAUAAAGUUCGGUAAUUCUAGGAGACAAGUUCACGCAACGAAACUCUUUACAUGAUAAUAUUUAAAUUUUCCCAUACAGUACGAUAAGAGUCUAUAACGUUCUUAAGAACCAAUUAUUGCAAUUAAAUAUAUUUAUUAAUAAUCUCAUAGUACAUACACUGUUCUUAAAUGACGCUGAAGCUAAAUUAUUGAAACAGAUUUCUAUUUGAAUUAUUGAUGUGAAUUUAACUUUAGAUUUCAUAAACGGGAAAUGGAUCGAAUUGAAAACCAGAGGCGGAAUGAUUUACUGAGAGGCAAGAUCAGCAACGAUUUACCAUAUCAUUACGAGUAAGAUGAUUAUAAUAGUAUAUAUAAACUAAACCCACNACAGAAAUCGAAUAGAAUUAUUGAUGUGUUUUUAACUUUAGAUUUCAUGAACGGGAAAUGGAUCGAACUGAAAACCAGAGGCGGAAUGAUUUACUGAGAGGCAAUUUCGGCAACGAUUUACCAUAUCAUUACGAGUAAGAUGAUUAUAAUAGUUUAUAUAAACUAAACCGACUAAUGGUUAUCAUUUUGUAAUAUGUAUACAGAUAAAUAUUUAGGCUGAAAUUUAGCGAAUUAUUGACAGUUUCUUGACCAUUAGUGAGAAUUUUGGUUAAUUAUUGCUCUGUCAACUAUUGAUAAUGUAUCACAUUAAAAAUACGUUAAAAUUUUAUUCAUAUUUAUUGAGUUUAAUAAAAUACUUAUUGAAAACAAAGUGACAUAAUUGUUUAAAUUUUAGAAUUAUUAUUAUUAUCAUUCUGUAUAUAGAUGCUGUAUAUGUAGCAGAAUAGUUACCACCAACUCAUUUUAGAUUCAAAAGAUUUAACUUUAAAUUAAAUGUUCAAAUUCUUUGUAAGCAAAAGUCCAUAAAAUUUCAUUAAUUGCGAUGGUUUAUGUAAUCUAUUACAUUAAAAUAAUUUAUUACGGAAAUGCCAAAAAAGAAAUUUCUAAACAAUAAAAUUCGGUAAUUCUAGGAGACAUGUUCACGCAACGAAACUCUUUACAUGAUAAUAUAUGAAUAUUUCCACACAGUACGAUAAGAGUCUAUAACGUUUUUAAGACCCAUAUAUUGCAAUUAAAUAUAUUUAUUAAUAAUCUCAUAGUACAUACAUUGUACCAAAAAGAUACUGAAGAUAAAUAAUUGAAACAGAUUUGUAUAAGAUUUAUUGAUGUGAUUUUAACUUUAGAUGUCAUGAACGGGGAAUGGAUCGACCUGAAAACCAGCGGCGGAAUGAUUUACUGAGAGGCAAUUUCGGCAAAGAUUUACCAUAUCAUUACGA